GCCAAAGAUGGCCAAAUCCCGCCCUGCCUAACGUUACGAACCACGGGGUUCCUUUCCCCAUCCGCAGGUGCGGCUGGGUUGGGAAGAGAAGCGAAGCCAGGAAACUCACAAAUCGCCGGCUUGAAGUCCGGCAUUCAAACUGCUGGACCGCCUCGCUCCUCUGCUGCCUGUGACACCACCCGAAAGUCCAGCCGCGCGGGGAGCACUUAAAUGUCCACAACCGAUUCGAGGACGGUAAAGAAAAAACCGGUAUAAAUCGCAGGGCUCCCGUAGGAGGCUGCAGAAAGCCGCCGGGCUAGCGGAGAGCAGCGAAGAAAAGGCAGCUUUCCAGGUCUGUUUGCAAGGAACCCUCUCCGCGGUGCUUCAGACUUUUUGAAGCGCACGCUCGAUGCGCUCAGGAACAGAACCGGCGAUUCGGGCUCCAUCCGGAGGGGAGAUACGCCUCUGAGUAGCCUCCACCCGGGAGCGUUUUUUUCCCCCCUCCGCACCGCCUGCGCCGACGGGUGCCCCGCCAGAAGCGCUACUGCGCUCCGCAAAGUUCUCGAUUUCUGGCACGACUUGGGAUUCCGGCCAUUGCCGUCGAAGCGCCGCGAGGUCCCGGCCCUCGGACCAAGAAGCUGGGCUGACGCCGAGCUCGCACUGCCCCCUGUGGAGGCGGAUCUCCUCGCUCUGCGUCCGCGCCGCCGCCCGCCGGAGGCAGCCCCGCAGACUAUGCCAGAGCCCUCGGCGGCGGGGAAGUGGCGCUUGGCCUCUGCGCGCGGCUCCGGCUCCAGGUGAAGCGGGCGGAGAGAGGCGCAGCUUCGGCGGCCCGGAGCGAGCGGCUGGCUGCGUGGGCGGGAGCAGCCCGGGGACGCCGGAGCGCUGGGAACCGCCGCCGCCGCGUGGAGAGGCGGGCAUGCGGGCUGGCGGCAGUGGGCUUCGUGGGUAGCCCUCCUCAAUAUGGUCUUCGUCUGCCACGGCGCCAGCAGCUGCCCCGUCUUGGCUAGCAGCAGCGCCCUGGACUCCUUGGCGCCGGAGCCUCCCCGGCCGUUGGGCGGCACCGGCGGGGCGAGGAUGAUUUCUGGCUCGCUGAAUCCGCCCCGUUUAGGGAUAGGCGGGAAACUUCUGCAAGGGGUCACCGCCGGCCCCGGAGCGGGAGGCGAAGGUGUCGGCAGCGGCGUCGGAGGCGGCGUCGGCGGGAGCAGCACCACCGGCGGUCCCAGCGCGCUCAGCCCGGGCUUCGGCGACGCCGGCAACGACACGCAGUGCGGCGAGCAGAUCCUGAGCUAUGGCAACGUGGAGAAAGUGGUGAUCGGAGCCGCCCUGACGCUCAUCACCCUGCUGACCAUCGCGGGCAACUGCCUGGUGGUCAUCUCGGUCUGCUUCGUCAAGAAGCUCCGCCAGCCCUCCAAUUACCUUAUCGUCUCGCUGGCCUUGGCCGACCUGUCGGUGGCCGUGGCCGUCAUGCCCUUCGUCAGCGUGACCGACCUCAUCGGCGGCGAGUGGAUCUUCGGCAGCGGCUUCUGCAACGUCUUCAUCGCCAUGGACGUGAUGUGCUGCACCGCCUCCAUCAUGACUCUCUGCGUGAUCAGCAUCGACAGGUAUCUUGGCAUAACUAGACCCCUCACCUAUCCUGUAAGACAAAAUGGAAAGUGUAUGGCUAAAAUGAUUUUUUGCGUGUGGCUGCUGUCUGCUUCCAUCACUUUGCCCCCGCUGUUUGGAUGGGCUCAGAAUAUUAAUGACAACAAAGUCUGUUUAAUCAGCCAAGAUUUUGGCUACACAAUUUAUUCUACUGCUGUUGCAUUUUACAUCCCCAUGUCAGUGAUGCUGUUCAUGUACUAUCAGAUCUACAAAGCUGCCAAGAAAAGUGCAGCCAAACACAAAUUUGCUGGUUUCCCAAGACCCAACGAACACGAAGGGAUGGUUUCGGCAAACGGCAUCAUGAAACUGCACAAGGAAUCUGAAGAGUGCACCAAUUUUUCACGUCUGCUUAAGCAUGAACGGAAGAACAUUUCUAUCUUCAAAAGGGAGCAAAAAGCAGCCACUACCCUUGGAAUAAUUGUAGGGGCCUUUACUGUAUGCUGGCUGCCAUUUUUCAUCCUUUCUACUGCUAGACCCUUCAUCUGUGGGACCUCUUGCAGCUGUAUCCCUUUGUGGGUUGAGAGGACAUUUCUCUGGUUGGGUUAUGCCAACUCUUUGAUUAAUCCAUUUAUAUAUGCCUUCUUCAAUCGGGACCUGAGGACCACCUACCGCAAUCUGCUGCAAUGUAGAUAUAGGAACAUCAACCGUAAACUCUCGGCUGCAGGCAUGCAUGAGGCCCUGAAGCUUGCUGAAAGACCAGAGUUUGUUCUGAGGAACUCUGAUUACUCAAGAAGGAAGAGCCACGACUUAUGAUUGAAUGCUGAUGGGGACGAUCAUAUAUGGACAAGGGGCUGUGAAUCAGUGGAAAUUGCUGCAAAUCCAGGCAUUGAAGAAAACCUGUAGGGUGAAUAAAAUGCUCCCGAUCGACUUUGCGAGGGAAUAUUGUAAAGGAAGUUUAUGAACUUUGGUUUAACAGUAUUAAAAUGUAAUCCUGCCAAUCCAGUGACAUUUUUCUUUUCUUUUUCUUUUCCCUAUUUUGUUUCUCUUAGCAGAACAAAUGCUAGCUGCGCAUAAAUAAGCCCCUUUUUAUUUGUUUCAUAAAGCAAAUAACAUUAGCAAUAAGUAGUUUGGCUCAUAGGAAGAGUAGCAGACGAUCAGCUCUUCGACUUCCUCUGAGGAACGUCCAACUUUGUUCCAUGAGUCUUUUAACUUUAACAACAGUCCUUGUGUAACUUGUCCUCAGAUCCAGCAGCGUCCACUGGGAAGGCGGGGCAAAGGGUCAGGUUUGACAAAAGGCAUCGUCCCAGUGUGAUGCUUUUCUUCGUAUGUCAAAACAACAUCAAAUGAAAACACCAAAGGAGCUCAUGGAAAUCACCAGUAGGAUAAUUUUAUAAUAUUUCAGUAAACGAUAGCAAAGUAACUUCUAACACUAUCAAGAUUUCCUUUAUGGGAAGAGAUGAUUGAAUUAUAUGCCAAGCAAAUGGAAUAAAUUGUCAUCAGUAUAACCUAUCCAUAUUUGUUUCUUUCAAGGAAGCCAGAUGGGCAAAGAAUAAUACAGUUUUAGUUCAGUUUCAUAGUUUUGGUCCACUCACCCACCUCCCUCUUCUAUUGUUGACUUUCUUUCUAAAUUUCUUUCUUUGGUUGAGGGGCUGAAUGAGAAUUGUAAUCACACGUUAGUUUUAUAUUGCAUCAAUUUUCAAGGAACAGUUUCCAAAUGUGAAAUGGAAAUAAACAUUUAGCCGUUUUGAUAAGUACCAAAAGGGGCCAAGUGUUUUAGAAAAUUGUAAGGCUAUGGUUAAUUCGCAAAAGAAGAUACUUUCAGCAUGUUAAUAUGUGCAUUUUAACGCGGUUAGUUAUUCCAGUUUUGUUAAGUGUUCCAGGGAUGUUCAUGGGAAGGGAGUCAAAAAAUCAAGAUGAAAGCCAUAUUCCUAAACCCCUCCCUUUUAAGAUGGCUUGUAAACUAAAAACAAACAAAUAAACAAACAAACAAACAAAAAAAGGCAGGGCUUCAAGAAGUUGCAAGCCCCAUUUUGGCUUCUUUGAUCCCCCACAGAUACUUCUAAAGUUUUCUCAUGGGUAAAUCGCUCAAGAUUAAAUGUCAACAGAUAGCUAAAAAACACCUUCAGGCAGUAAUUAGGAAUAUUUAAAAUAUUUAAUUUUUAAUAUAAUUUAAUAUUUAAAUUUAUAUACCGCCCUUCUCCCGAAGGACUCAGGGCGGUGAACAGAUAAAAAACAUAGAAUACAAAAUAUAAAAACAAUUUAAAACUAUAGUAAGCAAUUUGGCCUGACAGUUAAAAUCCCCCAUUUAAAAUUCAAAUUAAAAUUACACCAUUGGAGAGUUAGGCCAGCCCGGCUUGAUGAAAUAAAAAAGUUUUAAGGGCCCGACGGAAAGUACGUAGAUCCAGAAUCGUCCGUAUCUCCGGGGGGAGCUCGUUCCAGAGGGCAGGUGCUCCCACAGAGAAAGCUCUCCCCCUGGGGGCCGCCAGUCGACAUUGUUUGGCCGACGGCACCCGGAGGAGCCCCUCUCUGUGGGAGCGUAUGACUGUUGUUUUAUAAAGAAAUCAGCAAACGAAGAUUACUAAUUAGCAUAGGCUCAAUAAAUGCCCUAUUUAUGGGUUGAAAGUACAGGAUUGGAAAAUAAAAUCUGGAAGUGUAUCAUCUGAUCCUAAAAUGUGCAUGGUGGAUUUUGUCCAAGUACUUGGAUCUAAUGAGUCACAGGCCCAAUCUGCAUAUUUUGAUUCCAUGACAUAAGUGCUGUGCCUCCAUUUUAUUCCUCAGAGUCAUCUACUCAAAGGUAUGUAUAUUUGUGCUCCUGGUUUUACAAGCAGUCCUCGACUUACAAUCACAGUUGAGCCCAGGAUUUACGUUGCUAAGUGAGAAAUUGGUUAAGUGUGUUUUGUCCCAUUUUACGACUUUUCUUGCCACAUUUAUUAAAUGAAUCACUGCAGUUGUUAAAUGAGUAACAUGGUUGUUUAGUGAAUCUGGCUUCCCCACUGACUUUUCUUGUCAGGAGUCGCAAAAGAUGGUUACAGGACCCCAGGACACUGCAACCGUCAUAAAUUGCCAAGCAUUUGAAUGUAAAUCCCGUGACCAUGGGGGAUGCUGCAAUGGUCAUAAGUGUUAAAAAAGGUCAUAAGUCACUUUUUUCAGUGCUGUUGUAACUUAGAACGUUCACUAAAGGAACUGUUGCAAGUCGAGGACUACCUGUACAAGGUUUAACCAUCAUUGUUUAUUUAAGUCCUAGGAAAAGAUGUACAUGAGAGUUUGCGACAGUUUAAAUCUUCAGAUUACCCACCUGAUCAUACACUCAGGGUGUUUUGUGGAAGCUAAGAAAGUUAAUUUAGUUUAUAUGAAAUAAAACAUAUAAAAUAGUUUAUAUGAAAUAAAACAUGGCCCUUUAAGACAAAUCUGUCUUAAAGGCCAGUUGAUGCAAUUAUUAUCUAAUCACGGGUCCCUCUGCACCAAUUUGUCUCUCCUGUAACUGUUGUUACAGAAUGUGUUGAUGUUCACCAUUUUAAAUAAAGUUCAGUGUUCCAACAUAAAAGCUUACUGUAUUUGUAAAUGUCUUGAGAAACGAAAAUUCAUUGUUUGAAGGAGAGGCUUUAAUGGAUUUUUGCUGACAUAACUGGAAUCUUUUUUUCAAAUUGGGAAAAAGAGAUGCAAAAAAUGGCUUUGAUCUGCUUUAGUUUGUGGGAGUGGAAAAAUAGAGGAGAAAAUAUUGGUUGAGGUGCAGUCUA